AUGCUUUUCAAACAGCACCAAUACAAUAACUCGAAGUCGGUGAAGUUUUUCUCCGCUUCUCUUCGUGCUGGGGCGUUCGUACGUGACAUUUUACGUCGUCUGGAGGAGCGCAACAAACAGCAAAUUGUAGUUACUGGGGUCGACCGUACCCCAAAGAAUCUGGCGCCCCCCUUGUUGGGUGAAGCAUUCGUUUGGAGUCGAUUCAAAGAGUGCUACGAAGUUUUUCCAGAAGACAAGACCCCACCAACAAUGGACACUGGAGCGGUACCGCAGACCAUUGAUAAGGCGGAAGGAUUCGAUAACGUGAACCAUCAGCCAAACUACGAGGAUAUCACCGAUCGGCACAGUCCCUCACUGGAGCCAUGCGCGGGAAUGUAUCAUGUGAAGAUCAGAUUAACGGAAACCGACGAUAUUGUGUUGUAUGAGAGUCCGAGUCACGUCGUAUCGGCGGACGCUGAGGAGGCCGCGCUGGUUCUAGAGCAGAAUCGUCUUUUCGAAACGCGCCCCAAAGCUUGCCGGGCGGCAGAUGCCGAAGCACAAACAAUCGAUCUGCCGUGUAAGUCACGGUCCGUCAAUACCGAGUGCAUUCAUCGCCAAAAUGUGGCAUCAUUCGUGUCAAACUACGACAUGUACGACACGUAUAACGAUCUUGAGCGGCACACGAAGGAAAUCAAUGUGGCCGAAUCGACCGCAAAGAUGGAGAUCACGACGUACUUGCGCGAAGGCAUGGAGGACAUCGACGACCGGCUGAAUCGCAAUCCGAAUUUUCAUCUCUCGGCGAUGAUACUGCAACGAUUGUUGGCGGGCAACGUGUACCGUCAGCAACAGAUGCGCUUCCGGGACAUGUACCCACCGGACCCGUGCCGCGAAGACGUGCAGUAUUUGUAUCGCUUGGACACACUGUGGCGCUACCGAACCGUUGAAACACUAGGAAAAGCUGUCGCUAGUGCCUCUUGGUGUCCAGCGAACGGAGACAUCGUUGCGAUCGCGUAUGGCAUCUACGGCCAUACACCCAGUGACGAUCGGUGCACAAGUUUCGUGUAUGUGUGGAAUAUCAAGAACCCGGUCAACCCGGAGCGCCGUUAUCGGUUCGACUGCCCGGUCACCUGCGUCGCUUUCUCCACGCGUACACCCCAGCUACUGGCCGUGGGACUGUACGAUGGUAGAGUACAGAUUCGUGACAUAACCCACGACAUCCAGAGUCCACUAGCCGUGGCAGAGCGAGACAAGUUGGCGAUCUAUCAGCCGAUCUGGGACCUGAAGUGGGUUGAGUUUGACAACGAGGGAAAGGACGAAGUGAUCGCUGUCUCACAGAAUGGCUGGGUCAUGAAGUACUCGCUUACGAUGGGAGAGUAUCUGUUGCCCUAUCCGUUGCUUCGCUUGGAUAGAGUACAAGGAGUCGUUGAAGGUCCAGUGAUGGCAACCCCUUCCGGUGAGCAGCAAACACCGUCCUGUCCGAUCGAGUCUGAUAUUCACCCGCAAGCCCUAUGCGUCACCAUACACCCGUUGCAAAAGGACAAAUACUACGUCGGCACGGACGAAGGAGCUGUGCAUUGGUGUAGCAUCAACGAUCCCUUCCAACACCUCGGCGUCUGGCAAAUGCACAGCCGCAGCAUCUUUUGCAUCGAGUACUCACCAUGGAGUCCCAAAAUCUUUCUCACCUGCAGCGGCGAUUGGAGCAUCCGUAUCUGGAUUGAGGAGCUUGCCGAACCUGUCGUCACACUUACAACGGGCUUCGCGCCAAUUCAGGCGGCCUACUGGUCACCCACGAACAGCACCGUAAUAGCCAGCGUUACCAGGGACGCUGUUCAGCUGUGGGAUUUGAAACGACGAAGCUCUAAGCCCGCCUCCGAAACGGCACUUGGUAGUCUCACGACGCCGCUUACCAUCAUUCGUUUCACGAACUGUGGCCGAAGCGUGUUGGUGGGCGACGCCGAGGGGAACGGUCAUGUCUGCGCGCUAGAAGAUAUGCCAUUUCCGCCACACUUUCAGUACCGCGAGCUGCAAGCAGCGAUUUAUGCUAAACUUGUCACCAGGCCGGAACUCUUAACUCGCGUUCGUCGAAUGGGUGAUUUAGGCUAUUGA